AUGUCCGGUCGUCAGCUAUCAGACUUAUCGCUGCAACUUUCCAACCUAAAUCUGCGAAGUAGAAGAUCUACCCAACAUGGCUCACGCUGUGAUCGCUACGUCCUCUUCCUCGGCCCAGACCGUACCAAAUUCACAAUACGUGCUCAAAACUUCAAUCUUUACGCCCCAGAUUUUAACGAAGAGAUUUCCUCGUGGCCACAACUUUCAGCUCAUGCCGCAAAAAUCACAUUCGAUUUCUGCGCAGCUAGAUAUCUCGGGUAUAGAGGCGCAGAUGAUAUCGAAACACUAAGAGCCUGUUCUGACGUCUAUUCCUGCGCUGAUGAAUGGGGUAUUCAAAGUCUGAAAACUCAUAUUUGUCAGAUUCUCUCUACGGCGAAUGUCUUGAAGUGUAUUGAUGACUAUGCUACAUUUUUGGGACAGGUGUACCGGCUAUACAUCCAUUUUGCGGAUGAGGACAAAACCUUGGAUGAUGCGGUUACUAAAUGUUUGAGAACAAUUGCGAAGGAGCAUAGUCAAUACGCCGGGACGAAGAGAAGAACAAUGAGGAAUCCAAUACAGCAUCCAAUGACUAGAGAACAGGAAAUGCACGAUAUUCUAUCAACAGAAUUCACAUGGUUGGAAAGAGAUUGCUUCUGCAAGUUCUGCAAGUAUCAAAGACGUAGUUACGGAAGAGGGAAACCAGGUCCCUUUUGGAACUUCAAGGCUGCUCAAGCGGAUCUCGAACACGACUCUAAAGCCGUUUGGGCAUCCGGAUUGGCCCCAAUUAAGUUCAUUUUCAAGUACAUGUUCAGCACCUGGGCUUUUACACUACUUGGCUGCUUGUUCUUGACCAUGGGACCUAAAAUACUAGUAAGGGAGUCAAUUAAGGUACUGAUAAUGGUCUUAGGGUACCUAUCCCUCUUGGUUAUCCUUCAAUGCGCGAUAGUGAUCGUCAUCUCAUUGCGGUUGGUCUUCUGUCAUGCCGAACCGCUCUUCACGAGAGCAUCAAGGGUAACACGAUGGUUGGCCUGGAAAAUUGCGUUCCCACCUGUACCAAAGACAGAGCUACAACUUGCACGAUUCGCACGGAGGGGAUCUUAUUUUCUGAUCUUCUUAUUUUUAUGGGUGAUAGCUAAGGCGGGCAGUGAUUAUAUCGAUGGAACCGGGCCAUUUGAUGAACUUACUCAGAUUGUGAUGAAGGAUAACCCUUGGUUGGCGUGGGAGAGGAUUUACCAGUACUAUCGUGGGCUAACGGAUCCUAGCUUUACGAGCUCGUGGGUUCCUCAGUUCGAGAAAUAUCUUGAAAAGCUUGAGAAAGGGAAGUCGGUGUGA